AUGUUACUGCUCGGUGUCUUGAUUAUGAGUUUUGGCACCGAACGUAGCGUGUACAGUGCAGCGCUAGCGCCACUGGAUGGUGUGUGGUUCCAUAGCACCGGAAAGGAUACCCGCUUUCUAACCGCAGUACUGAGAGAACACUAUCGCGAAAUCGGUGCCGAAGUGCACGUUCGUGUUUGGUACGGGAACAGCACCCAGCGGACACCGUUUCAGGCUGAUCUUGUUACGGAUAUUACGCGGCACAACGCCGAUUGGAUGAUCGUGUCAUUCGGUUGUCUUGCAGCAAGCGACCAUCGGCUCGGCUACUACAACGUUUUGCUCGUGCUUGAUUAUGAUUCAUUUUGUGCCCGUUUGGGCGACAUAACCGAGGCAACGCAUCUGUUCUACGGUUUGUACACGUUUUUCAUCGAACGGCUCGACGAUCGGGCACUGCUGGGAAGUGUCCUGCGAAAGCUGUGGAACCUUAAGAUCAUUAAUGUUGUCGUUAUUGUGGAGGAAGACGAUGGGGAGUACGUGGCCUAUUCGUAUCACCCAUACGAGGAACAACGCUGUGGCAUUGUAGAACCAGACGCAAUUGCACGGUACGGCAAUGGAACGUGGCUUAGCAUGGCUGAGCUCUUUGCCGACAGACUGUCGAACCUGCGCGGAUGUCCGUUAACCGUGGCCAAAAUUGAAAUUAGACCCUUCUCGAUGGUACGGGUUGAAAACAAUCGUACGAUACAUUACGGACUGGAGGUGUACAUCGUGGAAACGCUUGCAUCCCGCAUGAACUUCACCGUGCACUACGUUAGACCGAAGGAUAACAGCAAGUGGGGCAUACUUUACGCGACCAACAGCACCGGAGUGGUUGGGAUGCUGCAGCGCAAGGAGGCAGAAUUCGGUUUCGGCAGUCUUGGGUUUUCGCACAUCCGUCACACCUACCUGAAGCUGGGCGUACCAAACUUUAUAACGCAAAUGAUCAUGGGCAUCCCACCGAAACGGCCGUACACAUCGCUGGAGAAGCUGUUCCAACCGUUCACCAGCGGUGCGUGGCUUUGCAUCGCAAUCGGUUACACCGUGUUCGGGCUGGUGACGCUCGGACUGGUGAAGCUGAACCGGGGUCCCAUCCACGCUGAACAUCUGCGUAAUCCACUGUACCUGCUGUGGGUAUUGCUGAUGGGCGGUUCCGGUGGACGGUUCCGGUUGGACAGUACGCGCCUGUUUGUGAUUGGCUUUAUUCUCAACACGCUUGUCAUACGGACACUUUACCAGGCGGGGAUGUUUCAACGAUUGCAAUCGUCCGCCUCGUUGGCAUCCGAUUUAAACACGCUCGAAGCGAUCAAUAAGGCCGGACUUUAUUACAACAUGUACCGUGCGUCGCAGCAGUUCUACAAAAACGAUCCAAACGUGCCUGCUAGCCGUAUCAAGCUGGUGCAGAACGAUCAUACAGACUAUGACCAGCUAUUCUCCCAGUUGGCGCACGAUCGUUUGGGUGGUGUUCUGGUGAGCCCGUACGAUUGUAUCACCUACUACGUGAAAAGGCACGGCAAAGAUGGUGUGAUAUUUGUCAGCAAAAACACCGGCAUUAUGUACUACCUGGGCUUUAAUUAUCCUAAAACUACCCCCCUUAAUGGACCGUUCGAUGCGUGGAUUCUGCGGAUGCACGAUACGGGCCUCAUACACCACUGGUCGGAAACGUUCCGCGACGAUCGGUUCUGGUCUAACGCGAAGGAAGACCCGGAACCGGCCAGCUUGAAGUGGAAUCAAAUAUCUGGCGGAUUUUAUCUGUGCAGCAUGCUGCUGCUGUUAUCGUUGCUCGUAUUUUUGGGGGAGAUGAUACAUUUCCGUCUGCACACUAGCUGCCGGUUUCGACGCACAUUGCGGAAGCCCAAAAAGGAGGCUUAG